CGCGACAUGCUGGCAUCCAAUUUGAGCACCGUGCCUGUUGGCCUCAUAAUAAACAACAGCAGGCAGGAGUGCAGUAUCAGAUAACAUCGACAGGAUCGUGUACGUCGUUGAGGCCUCAGGGACAAAGAAAUGCAUGCAUUUGGAAAUUCCUCUUCGCUUGGUGAUCGACCAGCCUGAGCAAACAAGCGAGAUCGCCCUCCUCUCGACCAUUAUGACCUCCGAGCUCCCAGACGAGCAGCCCGUUCCAGGACCUGCAGUGUGCCGAUUGGACGGACCCAUGGCUUUGCCGCGGAUUGUGUUCGGCGGGGGCGCACUUUCGCCCCAGUACGCCAGCGAUGAUCUUCUCUCCGGUGAUAUUCCGCUCCGAACGGUGCAGCUCGCACUUCGAUACGGCAUCAACGCGUUCGACACGUCUGCAUAUUACGGUCCAUCCGAGAUCAUCUUGGGCAACGCACUGCAUGCGCUUCGCGAUGAGUUUCCUCGGUCUUCCUAUCAGCUGAUGACGAAAUGUGGACGAUAUGGACCAUCUGACUUUGAUUAUACUCCCGGCACGGUUCGUCAAAGCGUGCAACGAAGCCUCGAACGACUGCGCACGGAUUACCUGGAUGUCGUGCAUCUCCAUGAUGUCGAGUUUGUGUGCACGGAGAUUACUCCGAGACGGACUGGGGAUCACACAUCCGCCCUGACCACUGAAAGCGCCGAUUACGGUCUGGCUGCGGGAGAUGAGAGCAUAAUCAGAGGGGAAGGUGAUCAAAAGGUUCUAGAUGCCUUCGCUGAGUUGUACAAGAUGAAACAGGAGGGUUUGAUCAAACGCAUCGGGAUUACUGGCUAUCCAUUGUACACGCUGCUUCGACUGGCUCUACUCAUUCUGCACAACCCGCCCUACAAAGCGGUCGACGUGAUGCUCUCGUACUCCAACUUGACGCUACAGAACAGCACCUUCCUCCAAUACUCGUCCCAUCUUCUGGGCCGUGCCCAAGUCGGACAAUUGCUUGUCGCUUCACCCUUCAGCAUGGGUCUGCUCACGGAUACCGGACCGCCUAGCUGGCACCCGGCUUCUACCGAGCUCCGUUCUGCAGCGCGCCAGACUGCGACCCUAGCAAGAGCAGGUGGAAGGUCAUUAGCCGACCUUGCGACCGGGUUCUGCAUACGAAAUACUGGAGGCUCGAUUCCGCUUGCGGUGGGUCUGAAUAAACCGGAAGAAGUGCACGAGUGUGUCAAGGUUUGGCGAUCCGUCGAGUUGGAAAAAGAGGACGAUGAGGCAAGGUCACAACAAGAAGAAGCCGUCCGGGCCGUUUUCAAGGACAGCGGUGUCUUGGACUGGUCUUGGUCUUCACCAUAGCACGUAGCGAUCUGUGAUGAAACCUGUGCGUAAGAAAUCGAAAUUAGAUGUAUCAGCUAU